UGGUACCUGUGGUACUGUGCACUCCAGGACAACACCUAUCCAGAGAUCCUCCGCUCCAACCUGGGCACAGUGGUGUUACAGCUGAAGAAGUUGGGGAUCGAUGAUCUGGUCCACUUCGACUUCAUGGAUCCGCCAGCCCCCGAGACGCUGAUGCGAGCCCUUGAGCUGCUGAACUACCUGGGGGCCCUCAAUGACGAUGGGGACCUCACGGAGCUUGGUGCCACCAUGGCAGAGUUCCCGCUCGAUCCUCAGCUCGCCAAGAUGCUCAUUAACUCGUGUGAUUGCUACUGCUCCAACGAGAUCCUCUCCAUCACCGCCAUGCUGUCAGUCCCGCAGUGCUUUGUGAGACCGACGGAAGCCAAGAAGGCCGCCGAUGAAUCCAAGAUGCGUUUUGCUCACAUUGAUGGUGACCACCUCACCCUGCUGAACGUCUACCACGCCUUCAAGCAGAACCACGACUCUAACCAGUGGUGUUAUGACAAUUUCGUCAACUACCGCUCGCUCAUGUCAGCUGACAACGUCCGUCAGCAGCUGGGCCGCAUCAUGGAUCGCUUUGCCCUCCCGCGGAGAUCCACGGAGUUCACCAGCCGAGACUACUACAGCAACAUUCGGCGGGCACUGGUGUCGGGAUUCUUCAUGCAGGUAGCUCACCUGGAGCGAACGGGACACUACCUGACAGUGAAGGAUAACCAGGUGGUCCAGCUCCACCCGUCCACGUGCCUGGACCACAAGCCCGAGUGGGUCCUCUAUAACGAGUUCGUGCUCACCACCAAGAACUACAUCCGUACAGUCACAGACGUCAAGCCAGACUGGUUGAUCCGCAUAGCCCCCAUGUACUACGACCUGAGCAACUUCCCCCAGUGUGAAGCUCGCCGCCAACUUGAGAGGAUCGCCGGCAAGCUGGAGAGCAAAGAGUACAGCCAGUACUGAUCACAGAGACACACAGAGAGACACAGAGACAGGGGAGAGAGACACAGAGACAGGGGAGAGAGACAGAGAGAGAGAGAGCAAAGAGUACAGCCAGUACUGAUCACAGAGA